AUGGCCAAGUGGGGCCAGGGCGACCCGCGCUGGAUCGUGGAGGAGCGGGAGGAUGGCACCAACGUGAACAACUGGCACUGGACCGAGCGGGACGCCACCAGCUGGUCCAAGGGGAAGCUGCGAGAGUCCCUGGUGGGCAUCGUGGUGGAGAACGAGGCCGGUCGCUGCCAGAUCAGUGACCUGAAGCAGGUGGAAGGCGAGGCUUCCUGCAGCAGCCGCAAAGGGAAGCUGAUUUUCUUCUACGAGUGGAACAUCAAACUGACCUGGAAAGGUAUAAUUAAAGAAUCUGGUGCGAAGCACAAAGGAUUGAUUGAAAUACCCAACCUUUCUGAAGAAAAUGAAGUAGAGGACACUGAGGUGAAUGUGAGUAAAAAGAAAGGAGAUGGGGAUGUACUGAAGGAUCUUAUGAAAACUGCAGGCACCGCCAAGGUCAGGGAGGCCCUCGGAGAUUACCUGAAGGCACUUAAGACGGAAUUUACAAUGGGAAUGAUUUUACCAACAAAAGCAGCUGCCACCCAGGAAUUGACUAUUAAAAGGAAACUGAGUGAGAACACAUUGCAGGCGCCACUGGGUGUCAGGAUCCCCACUGUGGCGCUGCAUAUGACGGAGCUGUUCGACGCAGGCGUAGAGCGGCUGUACAGCAUCUUCACUGUGAAAGAGCUGGUGCAAAAAUUUUCUAAAUCUCCUGCCAUAUUAGAAGCUGAAAAGGGAGGGAAAUUCCAAAUGUUUGAUGGGAAUGUCACCGGUGAAUACAUAGAACUGUUAACAAAUGAAAAGAUUGUCAUGAAAUGGAGAUGUAGGAGCUGGCCAGAAGAACACUAUGCAACAGUUGUACUGAAUUUUGUGCCUACUCCAGGGCAAACGGAAUUACAGUUGGACUGUAAAGGAGUUCCUGUCUGUAAAGAAGAGAACAUGAAAUUCUGUUGGCAGAAGCAGCAUUUUGAAGAAAUAAAAGGUUUACUGCAGCUGACCACUCUAAAUGGUUGA